AUGGCCCUGAGAGAGCUGAAAGUCUGCCUGCUGGGGGACACGGGUGUCGGAAAAUCUAGUAUCGUCUGGCGGUUUGUAGAAGACAGCUUUGAUCCGAAUAUCAAUCCAACAAUUGGGGCUUCUUUUAUGACCAAGACUGUACAGCAUCAGAACGAACUCCAUAAAUUUCUUAUAUGGGACACGGCUGGACAAGAGCGGUUCCGUGCCUUGGCUCCAAUGUAUUACAGAGGAUCGACGGCGGCCAUCAUUGUGUAUGACAUUACAAAGGAGGAAACAUUUUCAACGUUGAAGAACUGGGUGAAGGAGCUUCGUCAGCAUGGACCCCCCAACAUUGUGGUGGCAAUAGCUGGAAACAAAUGUGACCUAAAUGAUGUCAGGGAAGUGCUGGAAAAAGAUGCUAAAGAUUAUGCUGAUGCCAUCAAUGCUGUGUUUGUGGAGACAAGUGCCAAGAACGCCAUCAACAUUAAUGAGCUAUUCUUAGAAAUUAGCAAAAGAAUCCCAUCAGCCAAUGCCAGCGCCACAUCCGGAAAGGGAUUUAAGCUUCGAAGGCAAUCUUCAGAGGCAGAGCACCGAUGCUGCUGA